AUGGGAGCCGAUGUCCUUUCCAAACUUGGAUCUACUCGGGCAGCUAUUCCACCUGGAGUCUUUGUUCAUGAACUACACCAUCCAUCAGUCAAGAUACAAAGUCAACAAGCUACUGAUGAGGAGGCCCCAGCCACAGUCAGAGAAGUACUAAUGAUCGAAGAAGACUGGUGGAUUCAGUUCAUCGACUUCAUAAAGGAGUUCAAGCUUCCACCACAUGUUGAUGCCAAGAGCGCCGAAGCUGCUCGCAUUAUCAGGCGAAGCAAGGGUUUCGUUCUCGUCAGUGACAAUCUGUAUAAGCACUCUUCUUCAGGCAUCCUUAUGAAAUGUGUUACCCUUGAAGAAGGCAAAGACAUCCUCAGAGAGAUACAUGAAGGAGUAUGUGGCAACCACGCCGCGUCAAGGACACUAGUCGGCAAGGCUUACAGAUCAGGGUUCUUCUGGACAACAGUUGUAUCGGAUGCAAAAGACCUUAGGUCAAGUAUGCUUCAGUGGCUCAUCCUCGAGUAA